UGAAGGAAUUCGAGGUCGCUCUGCAGUGCCGUGCCGGCACAAUCGAGUCCUUUCAGUCCAUCAAAUUCCCCCUGUAACUUCUUGGCUCACUAUAUUUUGUAAUUAAGGGAGCCAAAUAACCAUUGUUAGUAUAUCGACUAGUAAGUUGCUGAAAGUUAUAUAAACAGCAUGCGAUUCCUGUAUUAAUUUUAUUUUUCUUCAUCUCAACCAUCUCUCUUCACUUCUCAAUACAUACUACAAAUCCUUUGACUUUCAUUAUGAAGUCGUUCACUCUUUUCAGCGCUGCAGUUGCAGCAUACGCACAAAUCUCCGCCGCCAUUGCAGUUCAUGGAGCUGCCGAGGGAUUCGCAAAGGGUGUUACUGGUGGUGGCUCAGCUACUCCAGUCUACCCAACGACCAAUGCUGAACUUGUUAGCUAUCUGGGAGAUUCCUCUCCUCGUGUCAUCGUCCUGAACAAGACCUUCAACUUCAGAGGAACUGAGGGUACCAAAACUGAAACUGGAUGUGCUCCGUGGGGAACUGGAGCAGCCUGCCAACUUUCCCUUUCAGGAGGAACGUGGUGUGCGAAUUAUGCGCCAAAUGCUCCAAAGGUUAGUGUCACUUAUGACGCCGCUGGUCCCGAAGGUAUCACAGUCGCUUCCCACAAGACUUUGAUCGGUCAGGGCUCUACCGGUGUCAUCCAAGGAAAGGGUCUUCGUAUAGUUGGUGGUGCUACCAACGUUAUCGUUCAGUGAGUAUUCGGCCACAAAGUCUCGGUAGAUUUGUACUAACCUUGGGCUUUUAGAAACAUCAAGAUCGAAGAGCUCAACCCCAAGUACGUCUGGGGAGGUGACGCAAUCAGCAUUGCCGACUCUGAUAUGGUCUGGAUUGACCGUGUCACCACUUACCACAUCGGCCGUCAACACAUCGUUCUUGGUACGGGCCCUUCCAACCGUGUUACUCUCUCCAACAACUACAUCAACGGUGUCUCCGAUUACUCUACUUCCUGCAAUGGAUACCAUUACUGGGGUAUCUACCUUGAUGGUUCUAGCGAUAUGGUCACCAUGAAGGGUAACUACAUUUACCACACCUCUGGACGUUCUCCCAAGGUUGCAGGAAACACCCUCCUCCACGCCGUUAACAACUACUGGUACGACAACGGUGGACACGCCUUCGAGAUUGAUACUGGUGCUUAUGUUGUCGCUGAGGGUAACGUCUUCCAAAACAUCCCAACUGUUGCCGAGUCUCCAAUCUCUGGUCAACUCUUCACUGCCCCCUCCCCCAACGCCAACACCGCCUGCAAAGCCUACCUCGGACACAACUGCGAGGUCAACGGUUUCGGUUCUUCAGGUACUUUCACCUCUUCCACCACCGGUUUCUUCUCCGAUUUCUCCGGAAAGAACGUGGCUUCUGCAGCUGCCUACACCACUGUUGUCUCCAGCGUUAACGCCAACGCUGGUUUCGGAAAAAUUUAAAUUAUUUAGUACGAGAUUCGUUGCCAUUGUGCAACGGACAGGAGAUAUGAGAUAGGCGGGCGGGGUGAUCCGUCGACUUUUAAAGAAUGAUUUCUUGGGCUUGUUUUCUUCAACAUGUAUAUUAUUUUUAGUUAUUUGUAAAUAUUCAAUUCAAGCUUUUGCGGGCAACAACUUCCUAUUGCUGUGUCAAUCCAUGCGUCUUUUGUGAGAACUCCAAAAACAGGGUGUCUAAAAUUCCAACUAGAAUGAUUGAUAUAAAUAUUCCAAUAUGAUUGAUUCAUCAUUGAGAACAAUUC